AUGAUGCUAUCAUCCAUAGCUCAGCUCGGCGUUGAACCUAGUAGGGAUCAACGCUUUUUGCCUUUUCGUGCGUAUGUGCGUGUCUGUGUGUGUGUGUGGUGGCCAGCGUCAAUCAUCAACAGCCAGCUCAAAGUAAUAGUGCAGGCAGCAAUGCAGCCUGCAAACAGGUUUGAUUGCGGAAAAAGCAGGUUCGCGGCCUGGGAAUCAUGCCACUACGAGACACUUCCCCAGGGAAACCAUAGCCUGCUCGCCAGCUCCCACAUCCCGGCUCCAUGGAUCUUGUCUCUGUCUCUCUGUGUCUCUCUCCCUCUUUGA